AUGGUUGGUGCAAUGGGAACUCGUCGUUUGUCGAUAAAUGUUGUUCCCCGUGAAAAAUGGUCUUUAAAAUCGUUAUUUCAUUCCCAAUUUGAUUUACCUACAAUAGAAAGAAAAUACAAUUUAAAUUAUUUAAAAAAAAUUUAUCCAUCAUAUCAUCGUUUAUUGGUCGUUAUAUUAAUCAGUCAUGCAUUAAUUAAUUCAACUGAAAUAUUUAUAUUUAAAUCAAUAUCAACAAAAAAAAUAAUAAUUCAAUUAUCUUUAUUAUCAACAAGUAUUUGUCUAAAUAUUUUAUCAUUAAUUUUAAUAAAUCGUUUACGAAAUAGAAUUUUAUCAAAUAUAAUAUCUUUCAUAUGUAUUUUCCCAUUGGUUGUUUUAACUUGUUUAUAUCCAUUAGAAUGUCAUAUAUAUUUGUUAAUUAUAUUAAUAUAUACAUUAGCAAAUUUUUCUUUACUUCUAUCGAUUUUAAUAUCAGUUUUAAUAACGUUAACUAUAACUAUUUUUACAUUAACAUCAAAAAUGUCUUUACUAUUAUUAUUAAUAUCAAAUAUAAUUGGUAUUUAUUUAAAUCGUCUUUUGGAUAUAAUUAUGCGUUCUUCCUACAAUCAAUUAUGUAAAAAUGCAAAUGUUCGUGGUACAUUAUUAAGUGAACAUACAUUAAUAUCAAAAAUGAUUGAUUCAUUAAUGCCACGUAAAUAUGCUAAAGUAAUAAUGGAAGAUUUUGAUGUAUUUCGUGAACGUGUACAAAAUGUUAAUUUAUCUCGUCAAGGUGAAGAUGAUUUACAAAUGGCUACUUUUCGCCCAUUACAUAUUGAAAGAAUGGAAAAUGUUUCAAUAUUAUUUGCUGAUAUUGUUGGUUUUACUUCAAUGUCAUCAAAUAAAAGUGCAUCACAAUUAGUUUCAUUAUUAUCAGAUUUAUAUGGACGAUUUGAUGAUUUAUGUGUUCAAAUGUCAUGUGAAAAAAUUGCUACAUUAGGUGAUUGUUAUUAUUGUGUUAGUGGUUGUCCUGAACCACGAGAAGAUCAUGGAAAAGCUUGUGUUUUAAUGGGUUUAGCAAUGAUUAAUGCUAUUGAAGAAUUUGAUGAAGAUAAUAAUGAACAAGUUGAUAUGAGAGUUGGUGUUAAUUCAGGUUCAGUUAAUUGUGGAAUUGUUGGAACAAAAAAAUUUAAAUUUGAUAUUUUUUCAAAUGAUGUUACAUUAGCAAAUAAAAUGGAAUCAACUGGAAAACCAGGUUUUGUUCAUAUAACAGAAGCAACUCAUACAUUACUUAAAGAAGAUGAAUUUAAAUUUGAAGAAGGUUCACCAUAUAUUUUACCAGGCCAAAAUUCAAUAAAAACAUAUUUUAUUGGAAAACGUCAUUUAACUCAUAGAAUAACACGAAAACCACCACAGAUGACAUUAGCAACUGCUGCAGCUGUUGCCGUUGCAUCAGGAGUUUCACUUGCUGUACCUUUAAAUGAAACUAAUGAAGUUCAAAAUCAAUCUGAAUCAUCACCAGUAACAAGUCCAUUAUUAGAAGAAGUUGCACAAGCUCGUCGAGCAACAAUAUGCGAAGAACAAAGUCCAGCUGGUUUAGAAAAUCUUGGACAUGUUGAAAAUGUUAAUGAAAAAACUUUUGAAAAGGAAGAAAAAGAAUUAGUUAUGGCAUUUAAUAUAUUAACAUUAAAAUAUAAAGAUAAUCGAUUAGAAAAAGGUUUUUCCACUCAUGUUGGUCCAUAUUCAUUAUUAAUUGUUGAAGUUAUUUUAUCUAUUUUAUCACUUUUAUUUAUUUAUAUUUAUUUUCCAAAAAAAAGUUUAACAUCAAUAAUUAUGGGAAUAAUAAUUGGUAUAAAAUUAAUUAUAACAUUGAUUUUGAUUCGUUUUCAUCGUAUUUUUCUUAAGCGGUGGAUUUUAAGACAUUUUAUAGCUGCUUUUUAUCUUUUAUCUCCUUUAAUUAUUAUUUUAAUUGAAAUUUCUAAUUAUUACGAUAUGACUCGAUCAGUUUUUAUUCUUUUUAUUUCAACUUAUCUUAUCUUAGGUGCAUCUUUAUCUCAUUUGAUUAAAAUUCUUAUUGCCAUUUUAUCUAUUUCAAUUUAUCUUCCUUUGAUUAUUUUUGAAACAAAAAUGAAAACAGCCGAUAUUAUGGAUACAAGUGUAUGUAUAUUAAUAUCAUUGAUAGUUUUAUAUGGAAUAAGUCGUCAAGUAGAAGUAGCUCGUCGUUCUCAAUAUCAUGUUAUUCAUAAAUCUUCCGAACAAAGAAGUGAAAUAGAAAAAGAACGUAAACGUGCUGAUUGGCUUUUAAGAAAUAUUUUACCCGAACAUGUUAUAGAACCGUUACGUCUUCUUGGUGGUUCAUAUUCUCGUAAUCAUCCAUGUGUUGGUGUUCUUUUUGCAUCAUUAAUCAAUUUUCAUGUUAUGUAUGAAGAACAAUAUGAAGGUGGAAAAUUUUAUGCGAGAAUUUUAAAUGAAUUUUAUGGAGAUAUUGAAGAAUUAUUUCUUGAUCCAAGAUUUUCAAAAAUUGAAAAAAUAAAAACAAUUGGAUCAACAUUUAUGGCUGCGUCAGGAUUACAAACAGAUUCAAAUGAUCAAAAUCCACUUGCGCUUGGUUAG